AUGGCAGAAUUCGAUGACAUUCUCAAGCCCGUCAAUGUGGUAUAUUGCGGAAAGUGUUCCAUGCCUUUAGAGUUCUGUGAAUAUGGUCCUGAUUUUGAGACCCAUUGCGUCCCUUGGAUGAAAAAGAACCACCCAGACGUCUUGAAGCAAAUCCUGAAGGACAUCAAAGGCGUGGAUGACAGUGUGGAGAAAGAAGGCGAAGCGGAAGGUCCUUCCAAACCCGCUGAACCUUGGACUGCGGAAGAGCGAUUGACUGCCUUUUACGAAAUGUACCAACCCGACAAGCUAGCGGACAUUCCAAAUCUGCUCACGAAAUAUGCCGGGAAGGAAGAUAAAUUGUUCAUCGCCCUCACCAAGAAAUACGGACCCGAGCCCGAAGAUCCUUACUAUGCUGAAAGUGAUGAAGAAGGAGAUCUGGAUGAAGACAUGGAGAAUCUUAACAUUAGUGGCAAGAAUAAACGAGGCGCCAAGGCCAAAGUCGCCAAGCAAGUGGAAACAAGAGUUGUUAUUCAAAAGACGGUACGCAACAAGAAAAAAGCGACUACCAUUAUAGUAGGUAUGGACACGGUUCCUGGAAUUAAGCUGAAGGAUGUAUCCAAGACAUUUUCCAAGCGAUUCGCGGGAUCCUCCAGUGUUAAGGAUGGACCCAAGGGCAAAGAAAUUAUCAUUCAAGGAGACCAUAUGGAGGACGUCGCGGAAAUGAUUGUCAGCAAAUUCAAGGUUGCCGGAUCCAGUGUCUUUUUGGAUAUGAAUGGAGAUUUUUUACCUUAUAGCUAG